AUGUCCGGCCAUUAUGUUCCAAUUAAACCAAUCACAGCUCUGCCCAAUCUGGAUUCAUUUACCACUCGUACCUGCUCAACAGAGUCUACGUUCUACCAAACAUCGCUUACGAUACAUGAGCGCACACUUCUUCUCCAACCACCUUACCAACUCACAUGUUCUAUUGAUGAGCUUCUCAAACCGGCACGUAGAAAACGCUCCAAUCCUCCUCGUUCGCCAAACCCAUGGAUUCAAAAGACGUUAUUUACAAAUUUGUUAAAG